AUGUACACUACGGGACUCUGGGUGGCCAUGAUGCCUCAAUCAGUGUUUGUAGAUCUGGAACCCAUGGUCAUUGACGAAGUUCGCUCUGGCACAUACCAUGAGCUCUUCCAACCUGAGCAUAUCAUCACGGGCAAGGAAGAUGCUGCCAAUAAUUAUGCCCGAGGGCACUACACCAUUGGCAAGGAGAUCAUUGACUUCAUGUUGGGCCAAAUUCAUAAACUGGCCAACUUGUGCACAGGUCUUCGGGGCUUCUGUUUUCACAGCUUUGGCAGGGGAACUGGUUCUGGGUUCACCUCCCUGCUCAUGGAAUGUCUCUCUGUUGACUAUGGUAAGAAAUCCGAGCUGGAGUUCUCCAUUUACCCAGCCCCUCAGGUUUCCAUACCUGUACUAGAGCCCUACAACUCCACUCUCACCACCCACAUCACCCUGGAGCACUCCGAUUAUGCUUUCAUGAUAGACAGUGAGGCCAUUUAGGGCAUCUGUUAUAGAAACCUUGAUAUUAAGCCCCCAACCUACACUAACCUAAAUAGGUUCAUAGGUCAAAUUGUGUCCUCCGUCACUGCUUCCCUGAGAUUUGAUGGAACCCUAAAUAUUGAUCUGACAGAACUCCAGACCAACCUGGUGUUCUAUCCCUGCAUCCACUUCUCUCUGGGCAACUACACCCUCAUCAUCUCUACUGGGAAAGCCUACCAUAGACAGCUUUCUGUAGCAGAGAUUACCAAUGCUUUCUUUGAGCAAGCCAACCAGGUGGUGAAACAUGACCCUUACUAUGGUAAAUACAUGGCUUGCUGCUUGUUGUACCAUAAAGAUGUGGUUCCCAAAGAUGUCAGUGCUGCCAUUGCCACCAUCAAGACCGAGCAUACCAUCCAGUCUGUGGAUUGGUGCCCCACUGGCUUCAAUGGCAUUAAUUACUAGCCUCCCACUGUGGUGCCUGGCAGAGACCUGACUGAGAUACAGAGAGCUGUGUGCAUGUUGGGCAACAACACAGUCAUUGCUGAGACCUGGGCUCACCUAGACCACAAGUUUGACCUGAUGUAUUCCAAGCAUAUCUUUGUUCAUUGGUAAGUGGGUAAGGAAAUGGAGGAAGGAGAGUUUUCUGAGGUCCGUGAGGAUAUGGCUGCCCUUGAGAAGGAUUAUGAGGAUGUUGGUGUGGAGUCUGUUGAAAAAGAGGGUGAAGAAGAAGAAUACUAA